AUGUUUCAGGAUGAAGGCAGCACAUCAUCACCUCCUGGAGGUCCUUCUCUUGAAUCUGUGGGUGUGUGUGUGUUACUGAACGUUAGGCACAUGUCUGAUUGUAACUCAAUAUACAAAAACUCACACGGGGCUCGUGGGGGCUUACACACAUGGAUACGGGAGGGGAUGGACAGGUGGAGAGGGGAGGGGGGGGACACAAUGUACACGAACAUGUCAUAUACAGUCGAGUCAGUCCUUCAAGUGAAACCAGACACCUCCACCCCGGGAGACAUGUUUGGGGAGUAUGACUCUCUGGAUAAUUAA